AUGGGUAACUCAAAUUCCACACGAAAACAUCAUCAUCAUCCAAAGAAACCAAAAUCUUCUUCCACUUCUGCUACUUCUGCAACUUAUGUUACGACAUCUUCCUCUAGGAAACAUUGUUCUUCCAAGAAAUCACAAAUAACCUCCGAACCAGGAGAAUCUUCUCGAUUCGAUUCCUACGCUCAAAAUUUUCAUUUACCAAAAAAUCAUGCUGACAUUGAUCGUAUGCAAAUUAUGCACUUUUUAUUAAAAGUACUUUGGGGAAAUAAUUAUUCAUCUCCAAUUGAACCAUUAUUGAAAAAUGGAAAUGCUCGCAUUUUGGAUGUUGGUUGUGGCCCUGGCACCUGGUUAUUAGAAUUAGCUACCAAUCAUCCUCAUACUCAAUUCACAGGAAUUGAUAUAACGAAAGCUUUUCCUUCAGAAAUUAAACCUAAAAAUUUACAAUUCAUUCAAUAUGAUAUAAAUAAUGGUUUAUUACCUUUCCCAGAUAAUCAUUUUGAUUUUGUAAAAAUGUCAAAUAUGAAUUCUUGUUUAAAAGAUUAUCAAUGGGAUUUGGUAUUAAGAGAUUUAGUUCGUGUAUUAAAACCAGGUGGAUAUAUUGAAUUAAUGGAAUGUGAUAUGAUUUAUCAUCAUUCUGGUCCAUUAUUUUCGAAAUUAAUUCAUUAUCAUUAUUAUAAUAAUCUAUACUAUAAAUCCAAUUCAUCAUCUACCUCCAUUAUUAACUCCUCUUCCACCAAUAAUAAACCUUCUACACAUUUAACAUCAACAACAACUUCUUCUCUCAUAAAUUUAAAUCAUUCAUUUAAUACUUCUUCAAUAUCUUUAAUAAAUGUUAAAUCCGAUCAUCGUAAUAUUUCAGUAGGAAUACAUGGUGGUAAAUCUGGUAAAAUUUAUGAAGAACUUUUAGAUAUGUAUUUCGCUGAUACCGUUAUCGAUAUAUUACCAAAAUUUAUUGGAGUAACCAAAGAUGAAUUUUUAGAAUUUUGGAAACGAUGUCGUGAUGAAUUUACCAAAUAUAAUUCAUCAACGAAAGUAUAUCGAUUCUGGGCACAAAAAUCGAAUUAA